AUGAUGGAGGGACCUCCCUUCCCGAACUUCCCUCCACCCCCGCCAGGUAUGAGGAUGGCUCCACCCGGAGCACAAGGCGGACCCAAUGGCGAUUUCGCUCCGCCGAGAGGAAUGCAGAUGAACCAAGGCCAAUCUCUAGGCCACGCCCAACAGAACAGGCCGGCCUAUUUAAAAACCUUCCCCACUACCUAUCAAGGUUACACCUUCCGCAAAGUGCCGCAAGACAGUCUCCCGCCUGGAGAGAAGGUUGGGUGGAAGAACGCUCAUAGAACCGAGAUGCCUGUAUCAUCGGACGAGCUUGAAAAGCGCCUUCGAGAACGUCGCCUGAAGAUCAAGAGGUCCGUGUCUGACGAGUUCAUGGCCUUGACGUCCGAGAACCAAAAGGCGCAGGUUAAUCGACUGGUUGAUGAGAAGAAGAUGGAGGAAGAGAAUCCCUAUGCGGAAUGGAAACUGGCGAGCGUGGAGACUAAAAUUAACCAGAUCGGCCGGAGAACGAUAGAGACCAUCACCAUCAAUGUGAUUCUACAACGUCAGCCAAAGGAAAGCCUCGGCGCGCAGAACCGCAGAACCUCUGGCACCUAUGCCGCACCAAGACAUGUCAAUCUUGACGACCCAAUCCAGAUAAGGGAGAACAGGCCGAGCAUGGCAUCGAGAGAUUCAAUGCCGAGUGUGGCAUCGCGAGAGACGAUUCCGCAGAUGCAGCAGCAACAGCGGCCGCCUAUGCAACAGCCAAUGCCACCACCAAGCCGACAGUCCAUGCCGCAACCUCUACCUUCAAUGCCUCCCGAUUUCGGACCUCCACCACCACCACAGCAGCAGCAGCCAAUGCAACAGCCAAUGCCUCCACCAAGCCGACAGCCCAUGCCGCAACCUCCACCUGAUAUGCUCUCCGACUUCGGACCUCUACCUCCGCCUCCUCCGCCCGGGCCGCCACAAAUGCAAAACCGGCCACCUGGGCCUCCACAAAACCAACAACCAUUCCCUCAGGGACGUCCAACCCCCCCGCCUGGUUUGUUUCCUGGUCAGCCUCCACCGGGUUUGUUCCCAGGCAAUCCUCCACCGGGACAGCACUUCCAGUCAGCUAUGCGGGUUCCCCCUCCCGGUGCUCAUCCGGGUAUAAUACCUAACCAAGGGAGACCGAUAGGCAUGCAAGAUCGUAUACCGAUUCCGCCACCGCCAGGCGUGUUCUUACCGGGUCAGCCAGGACAGCGCCAGCCACCUCCUCGCAAGGGAUCGGCCGCUGCAGAAGUUGUUCUGACCGACAGCAGCAGUGACGACGAUGACUGGCAGGAUGUUUACAAUGACCCAGAUGAGAUUGUAAACAUCAUCGAUAACGGGCCUAAGAAACACAGGGGUUCCCGCGGGCGAUCGCCAGCCGUCGAAACCGUAAGGAUGAAGCACAAGAAGAGCAGAAGCCGCAGCGUGGGACGGACUCCUGCUCAUAAGUCCGAGCAUGGACAACACCACGACAAAGGACCGCGCCGCCGGACAUCUAGGACUUACAUCAAGGAAACAACAACCCACUCUGAACGUAACCCAACUAAGAGCCCUCGCCGGAAGGACAAGGACUGGGAUUUUAUGUCAGUCGGCAGCUCCUCCGACAACUCCGAUUACCGCGGCCGAGCCGGCUCGUCUCAGUUCUCCGACGCAGGCGGCAGCGACUUCACCGUCCCGACCUCCUACAGCGGCGGGAGUCGCGAUCAGCAGAACCACCGCCGCGGCAGCCUCCACCGGACGUCAUCCGACGAGGAGCGCCACAGGCAUCGCGUGAGGGAGAGAGUCCACCAGAAGCCGCCCGCCGAGGCCCCGUCCCCACCACGACACGGCCGCUCACCUCACCGCUACAGCCGCGGGCAUGCCGGCCAACCCGUCGACAUCAUCCCGGGCUAUGGGUACCCGCCUCGCGUCGAGAGCCGCCCUAGCAUCCGUGCCCGCACCCCUGAGCGGCCGACCCUUGUCUCCUAUGGCUCCUACCCUGCUGAAGUGCACCGCUACACCAACGAACCAAGGCGGCUCGAAGCUUCUCGGCCUCACGAUCUCUACCCUUGGGAGGCCGCCGCCAGCUACCCGGCGGACUGGCGCCGGAAGGAGGACGCGAUGGUCGAGCACGUCCUGCAGAACGACCGCGCUGCGUACCAUCAGAUGUUGGAGCGGGAGAGGAGGCAUAAGGAGAGGGAGGUUGAGGAACUGAAGAGGGAGGCCCUUAGGCAGGAAGACCUGAGGGAGGAGAGGAUCAGGCAGGAUGAACGAGAUAGGCUUAGGCAUGAAGACAGACUUAGGCAGGAAGAGAGACUUAGGCACGAGAAUGUUAUGAGGGGUAACAUCAGCAGGCCGUUGAGUCGGGGUGGGCUGAGGUAUGCCGAUCCGCUCUAUCCGCGGUAUUGA